UGCAACAGCUUUCACAGUGAUCCACAUUACUUAUGGAGAGUGCUGCAAGAGCUGAGCUUGUCUGCAACCACACAGAUGCAUGGGAUUGGGUUUAUACCAUGCAACCUGCCUACAUGUCCAUUAUCUGCCUUCUUGGAGUGAUUGGCAACUCCUUUGUGCUUUGUGUGUUCUGUCUCCAGAAGCGGCGCAGCUCUGUGGCCGACAUCUACCUGAGCAACCUGGCAGCAGCUGAUCUCCUCAUGGUUUCUUGCCUGCCGUUCUGGGUAGCAACCAUUAUCAACAAGUUCCACUGGAGGUUUGGGGAGCCCAUGUGCCAGCUUGUUAACAUUGUCAUUGGGAUGAAUUAUUAUUGCAGUGUGUUGUUCCUCACACUUGUGAGCGUGGACAGAUACCUGGCCCUUACUAGACCCCUAACCCAGGGGCGAGAGAGACGGGCCUUCUGGGCACGUGGUAUUUGUUUCAGUAUCUGGGUUGCUGGGGUCUUGCUCAGCUUUCCUGCUAUCCUCUUCCGCUCCGUCCAGUUCUUCCCACAUCUGGGCAUUGACGCAUGCUACCUAGCAUAUCCACAUGAAGGCUGGAGACUGCGCUACAACAUGACUGUCAGCACAGUAGGCUUCCUUAUCCCUGUUCCCAUUGUGUCCUUCUGUAGUUACCAAAUCACUAAAGCUCUUCGGAGUAGCCAGAAGGUGAGGAGUGGCAGCAAAGGCAGUGUGGAAAGAAAGGCUGCGUACCUUGUUCUCGUUGUUCUGGCUGUGUUCAUUCUCUGCUGGCUGCCCUACCAGGUUCUGAUCUUCUUGGACACCUUGGAUCAUUAUGAAGUCGUCACUGGAUGUACUUGGGCGUACGUGUUGGACAUUGGAAACCAGUUGGCUACCUACCUUGGCUAUAGUAACAGCUCAUUGAAUCCUUUCCUGUAUGUGAUUGUGGGGAAGCAUUUUAAGCUGAGGGCAAGGGAAGUGUAUAGGUUAGUGCUGUACAAAAGGAAAAGGAAAUGGGGGAAGUCCGGUCUUUCCAAUGUCAAUCACAACUCAACCAAACAAACUGAAAGUACUAAAAUCUAAAUCUACCUACACACAGAGACAAAACAGUUGUUAAAUCAAUCAGUUUAUUUUACAUGCAAAUAGUGCAUUUUAAACAGACUUAACAUCACAUAAUUACUUACUAACAUAUGGCCACAUAAAGAAAUAGUUUGAC